CGUCGUCGUCGUACUCCGUCAUCGUACGCGCGCGACACGUUAUAUUUACGCCGCCGCGCCGAGAUAACGAGAUAAAACCCUGUUCCGGUCGUGCGUGGUGUCGCGCGGACGGAUAUCAACCGUUAUUGGCGCGUACGCGUAAACACGGCACCGCCGUUGCGCUGUGCACACGCGUCGCUGCCUGUGCGAUUUUCUUCCCGCCACCGCGUCCGUUCGAAUCGUAACGUGCGCCUGUCGCCGUCCGACGCGCGUGUGCAUUUUUUCCCAUUUCCUUCUCAAUCUUCUUUCCUAAUCGUCAUUUCACGCGGGUUACCGGAAAAUGACCAACUGAACGCGCACGAUUUCCGUUAGCCGUGAGUGUGUGACGACGGCUGGUCCGGGAACCGCUGUGUCCCGUCGAACACAUAAUAUCAUAUUGUUAUCAUAAUUAUUAUGAUCGUGUGGUGAACGCGAGGCGGUGUGCGUCAUUAUUGUUUUCGUCGUCGUCGACUUCUUCGUCGUCGUUGUUGCUGUGAAACGGCGCGCGAGAAAAAAAAGCGAAAUGAAGAAGUUCACGUUCAAAGGCGUUCUGGACGGCAUACGGUCUUCGGUGGCGCCGCAGAUCAAACCCGACCAGGAGAUCGUGGAGACGUUGCGUCCAGAAAACUUCCAAGUGGCCAAGACGUUUCGUCAUGGUUUUCCGUAUCAGCCGACUGCUCUUGCUUUUGACCCCAUACAACGAUUGUUGGCUAUUGGCACCAAGAACGGAUCUCUACGAAUAAUCGGAAGGCCUGGAGUAGACGCGCAGGUUAGACACGAAUUAGAGGCAGCCGUGGUUCAAGUAGAAUUUCUGAUGAACGAAGGAGCCUUAAUCACAGUGACUGCAGACGAUAGUUUACACUUAUGGAAUUUCAGACAAAAAAGAGCCGAUGUAGUUCACAGUUUAAAAUUUCAACGAGAGAGAAUUACAGUCAUACAUCUUCCACUCCGUAGCAAGUGGCUGUACGUAGGAUCGGAAAGGGGCAAUGUACAUUUCGUCAACGUCGAGCUGUUUACCCUGUCCGGUUACAUAAUAAAUUGGAAUAAAGCCAUCGAAGUGACCAGACCUACCCAUCCCGGACCUAUCGUGCACCUGAGCGAUAAUCCUGCAGAUUCCAGCAAGCUGCUCAUUGGCUUCGAGACUGGUCUAAUGGUGUUAUGGGACCUGAAAACAAAGAAACCCGAAUGCCGCUGGCAAUGGGGUGAUUCUCUCAAAUCUAUAGAUUGGCACUUUGAAGGCAAGCAGUUCACGUGCAGUCACGGCGAUGGGAGUCUAACCACAUGGAAUGUCAAGCCGUCUUUGAAACCAGCUAACAUAAUAUACCCUCAUGCAAAAAUUAAAGUGGAGCCGUCGUGCAGACCAAUACAAAAAGUUGAAUGGAAAUCGUCAAAAUCCGGCGAAUCGUAUUUGAUAUUUUCUGGAGGGUUGACCACCGAUACUGCUGGCCGCGUGCCCAGCAUAACGAUCAUGCACGGGAAAACGACCACCGUUCUCGAAAUGGACCACAACAUCGUUGAUUUUGUUACGCUGUGCGAAAGUCCUUACAACAGUGACGUUCAAGAACCGUAUGCCGUGGCUGUGCUCAUGCAAAACGAUAUGGUGCUAGUCGAUCUUCUCAGCCCGGGAUAUCCGUGUUUCGAAAACCCUCACCCGAUGGACAUACACGAAUCGCCGGUGUCAUGUGUCCAUUAUAUCGCCGACUGUCCGUCUGACCUCAUACCCGCUUUCUACUCCGUAGGCUCGAGGUCCGCAAACAAACGGACCGGCUUCAGUGAGAACAAAUGGCCCAUAUCCGGCGGCGAGUGGAGCCCCACGUCUUGCAGUUACAACGAGAUUAUCCUCACCGGGCACACAGACGGUAGUGUUCGAUUUUGGGAUGCGAGUGCCGGUAGUCUACAAGUACUGUACAAACUGAAAACUGCCAAAGUGUUCGAAAAAACCCGGUCUAAAUCACCGGAAUGCAGUGACGAAGAUCAGUUCUCCGUACAGCUGUUGUCGUUCUGUCCGGAGAGCAGAAAAUUAGCUGUUGCUGGCAUCUCGUCCUACGUUGUACUAUUCAAAUUCCGCAAGCUAGAGUCUACGUUUGAAACCACGACACUCGAGAUACCAAUAUAUUCAGAGAGCCUGGACGAAGCAGCUGAAAGUUCGCCGGAAGAAGCGCCAUCGAAACCGGCGGGAACCGGUGAUGACACGUCUACCACACUGGUCAAAGUUCGGGCAGGACCGCAAAAGAAACCCCCCGGCUUCCAGGCAUGCUUGGCGUGCGUUACACCUUCGGCGAACGGUGAAUCGCCCGGUCAGAUCACAGCGCUGACGAUUAACUCUUCAUACGGACUGCUCGCCUACGGUCUGGACAACGGUAUUGUGAUAGUAGACUUUAUACAAAAAUGUGUUCUCCUAAACAUCAGCACUGCCGACAUGUACGGCAGUGCAGACCCGUACCAAAGGGCUCCCAGGUCGCCGAAAAGAACAACUGCCUUAAGCGAGACUAGCGAUGGCGAACGGUGCCGAUCUCCCAGCAUCGAUCAGGGUCUUGAAGACGAAGCCGAGGAUUUGGAAGAGAUGAGCAAACUGGCGCUGAGCCCGGUGGGCGUGUACUCGACUCAAGUGUCGCCGAACCCCGUGGACCAUCCGGAUGAUGCGACGACCGAGAGGGCGGAAGAGGCGUUAGUGCUGAUACCGGCGGAACAGCUGACCGAGUCCUGUGGCGCGCAGCUAGCGGCCACCGCGGAAGAAGCGCCGCCCUCGAAGACUGUUUCGGAACCGCCGACCCCGGCCCCGGAACCUGUGGCGGCCAAAGGAAACGGUCGCAGGACUAGCCAUUCGUGGCGAGGCCUGAAGAAGCAGCUGAGCCGCGUCGACCUGAAGCUGAAGAACACGUUCAACGCGACGCCGUCGGCCAAGAAGACGGCCACAUUCUACAGCCCAGCUGGCGAACAGGCGGAGAAUUACGACGAAACGGCGGCCGUUUGCGGCUCCGGGGCGGCUGGCAGUCUGCCUCAGAUCAUUACCGAGGUCGACGGCCAAGAUCAGCCACAGCAACAGCCGUCGCAACAUCACCAGCAACAGCACCACCACCACCAACAACAACAACAACAACAGCCGGCGGACGGGGACAAUGAUCAGUUGUCCACUUCCGCAGCCACCAGGCCCACCGAGCUCAAGCUUUUCGAUCGCGACGGCAAACCAAUUAAACCUCCACGGUCUUGCAAAGAGCACCGAAAACGAACGUCUUUAGACAAACAGAGCAACCUGACCACGGUAUCGUCGCGGGAUGCUCGACUUUUAUCCGUACCGAAUAUCAAAUACAGUCAACGGGAUCAGAGACAUAACCGGUCGAACAAUCAAGCUUUCAUCAACCUCCUUAAACGACUAAACAAAUUGGACAGCUCGUUCUCCAGAUCGCGGAGUUCUAGUAUGUCGAGUUUAGACAACAUUACCUCGGAAUCAAUACAAUGUUUGACAUUUGGCGAUUCGUAUACGAAAAAAUCCGAUCCGUCUAACUUCCCAACCCUUUGGAUAGGCACCAGCGUCGGAUCGGUGCUUACCAUAAUGAUCAAUCUACCACCCUCUGGAGAGCCCAGGAGCACACAGCCCGUAACCGUUGCCCCGUGUGGUACGAUUUUCAGACUGAAAGGUGGAGUGCUCACCAUGUCGUUCCUGGAUUGCAACGGCGCUCUAAUACCCUAUGCGUACGAAGCGUGGAGAGACGAGGGUCGAGACAAGCAAAAAACGCCUACCAAGAACUCUAGUGGACUCAAUCGCAUGUCGCCAGCGCUGACAGGGAGCUCGGAGAGUGUGUCCAGCAACCCCGGCAGCUCAGCCGCAGUGCAACUUCAAGUGCAACAGUCACAAGUAUCAUGUGAUCGGCAGUUUGUGACGAUCGUCAGCGAAAAACAAGCCAGGGUCGUUGCCUUACCGUCGCAGAACUGCGUAUACAAGUAUCAGAUAUCCGACGCCGACUUCGUUGUCAAGUCCGAAGUCAUAUCCAUGAAAGAUAGCGUAUGCCUAGCGUGUUACAUAUCCAAUGGACACAUAAAUAUCUUCAGCUUGCCAAGUCUCAGGCCUUUGGUAGAUAUUGACUUCCUGGCGCUUUCCGAUCUAAGUUUUCAGACCCAGAAACAGGGCAUAGUUGACCCAAUGUUAUCCAUAUGGGGCCAACAGAUGUUUGUCAAUGAAGACACAGACCAAAUUGCCAAGACGUUUUGCUUCAGUAACCGGGGACAUGGGCUGUUUUUGAACACUCCAUCUGAGGUGCAGAGAUUUUCCGUUUCCACCGAAUUUUGCCAAAGCUUACCGGAAAUGAUGGGUGAAUUAUUCCAGCCUCAUGAGAUGCCCGAACCACCAAAACAAAGUUUCUUCAUCGGUCUCUUCGGAGGUGGCUCUAGGUCCAUCGACCGCGAGGAACUAUUCGGCGAGUCUGCCAGUGGUAAAGCGCCAAAACUCGUGGCCAGACACAUACCCGGUCCAUCAGCACAGCUAGACGCGAUGGGUAACCGGGCAAGCACGGCGGCCAGUGAAAUAUCAAGAGCCCAUCAACUGGCCGUGGAACGUGGUGAGAAACUCAGCAACUUGGAAGACCGCACCGCCAGGAUGAUGACUGAAGCCGAACAGUUUUCCAACAAUGCCCGAGAGCUACUAAUGAAGAACAAGGAUAAACGGUGGUAUCAGCUGUAAGCUGUCCGAUUAGUUGUCUCUUUCUCUAUCUCUCUCUCACUCUCUCUCUCUCUCUGAAUAUUUAUAAAAUCUCUCUCUCUCUCUCUCUCUUAAAC